UCGUGGUUCUGGCGCGAACUCGUCGGGUAUGGUGUCUGCCAGUACCUGUGUCGUUGGGGAUCAUGCUGGUCUGCAACGGCCUCUACCAAUGAGAUGGGAUGGCAGCAACAUGAAACGGAAAUUCAGGUGGUGGGGGAAAGCACCCGUCUGCUGCGGCGAGUCACCCACCUUUGGGCAUAGAGGCAUAGAGGCAGUGAGGUGGUGGUGCUGAAGGCUGCAAGUGAAGCCAUCCCCAGCCAUUUCACUAUGCGCGCAUCCAUCACAUCAGAGACCACUGCGGACAUCCCACCCAGCCUUCUUCCUUGGAGACGUGGAGCCCCUCGCUCUGUUCUGCCGAGUACGUAGUUGUUGUGUCUUCCGAAAAAAACAGCCCGCCUAGUUCCCCACGUCUUUCUACCCUGUCUGACGAACAACAACCCUGUUCUGCCUCGUUCGGCUGCUUCCACCACCCUUGCCCGCGGCCAGUCUAGAUCCAGCGUCUAGCAGGACAGCUUGGGCAGACAAGCAAGCAAGCGAGAGAAAAUGAUGCUGUGUUGCUCUGGGUUGGCUUCGGCUCUGCAAGCCGUCGAAGCCUCCAAGGCCGCGUUUCCCUGCUUCACGAAUCACCCAGGCCUGCCAAUGUAGGAGAAAUCCACCUCACCACUCUUCCAGUCUUCCCACCCCUGGCAACCCAAGCAACCAAACAACCAACCCUUCGCCUUCCAACCCUAGCUCUUUUGUGUGGUGUGCCGUCACCGUCACCCCCAGUCGAGAUGAUGUCGUGCAAAAUCGCCAUUCUUGGCACCGCUGCUGUCACCGACUCGCACAAUGUGCGGCGUACCCAGCUCGUAGCCGUCCCUCUCGGUCUCUGCCCGUCACGCAAACCUUCACUUGUCGUCUCGCAGUAUAUAUCCUCAUCCAGUCUCUCUUCCCAAUCCAGUCGUUUCUUUUGAUUUCCUGUAUCACUCACCACUCACACAACCAUCACCGCAAACAAAUCUCCCACUCCCGCACUUCAGCAAAUCAACACCAAGGCUUCCGAGCUAGAUCAGUCGCUUCCUGUUCGACACUAAUAUCAACUCUUUGUAUCUACAAAAGGCCUCGGCUCUUACAUACCCAACCAAACCCAAACCACAAGUCAAAAUGCGCUCUUUCGCCAUCCUUUCCGCUGCUGGCCUUGCUGCCGCCCAGGUCACCAGCAUCGUCAUCACCGAUGGCAUCACGGCGACCCUCACCCUCCCCGUCUUCCCCGAGCCCACCGACGCCACGAGCGACGCUGUGAGCACCGUCACCGCCACUGUCCCCGAGACCACCGUGACCGUCUCGCCCGAGCCCACACCGUCCACCACCGUGACGAUUUCCGCGGGAACCAGCACCGUCUCGGCUGGCCUCACCACCACCACCAUCGUCGUCGUUAGCGACCCUCCCGUCACUAUCACCACCCCCAUCGUCAUCCCCACCGCCUCCGAGUCUGACCCGGUCAUCACUCUGCCUGUGAUCACCGAGUCUACCUUUGACCCGGCCACCACCAUCACCGCCGUCGUCCCCCCUCCCCUCAACACCACCCUCGCGACUCUCACCCAGACUCACACCGCGUUCCCCAACGCUACCACUACCGGCCCCGUGGUCGUACCCACCGCCGCCGCCGACAAGCUCCAGGGCUCCAUCGUCGGCCUCAUCGCCGCCGGCGUCGCCAGCUUCUUCCUCUUCUAAGGGACCUAAAAACAACAUCACGACGGAACUACUACUAUCAAGCUUAAUGACAGCGAAGCGGACUUUUAUAUCUUAUUUUUCAAACUGGAAGGGAACAUGACAGGCAAAGGCUUUUCAGGAACAUGUAUGAUGAAACACGGCUUGGAGCAGCCACGGCGUUGGAUAUUUUGCAUACGAUGAUUAACGACCUUAAUCACGACACAGCAUGAAUGCUGCUACUUAAUUCUUAUAAAUAUGAAUAUUCCCGAACA